GAAAGUCCCGCGGUUUUUAGUUUACAGUCCGCCCGCUGGAGCUGCUGCUACUGGUUCUGGAGCUGGUUCUAGGUUUUAAAGCUGCUGGUUCUGAAGCUGUUGCUGGUUCUGGGUUCUGGAGCUGCUGAUGGUUCUAGGUUCUGGAGCUGCUGCUACUGGUUCUGAAGCUGGUUCUAGGAUUUAAAGCUGCUGGUUCUGGGUUCUGGAGCUGCUGGUAGUUCUGGGUUCUGGAGUUGCUGCUGGUUCUGGUUUCUGGAGCUGCUGUUGGUUCUGAAACUGGUUAUGGGUUUUGGAGCUGCUGGUUCUGGACCUGCUAGUUGUAGGUUCUGGAGCUGCUGGUUCUGGGCAGGAUGAACGCCAGCAGUAUGACCAGUUUCUGCGGGGAGAAGUCCAGAAGACCCCCGGUGAAGGUUCUGUCGGGUCAGCUGAGGGACGGUAAGGGCGGGAAGGGGGAGUGCUGGAUCAGGAGGCUGGGCCGGGCGAACCCGAGCCCGCUGCCGGUGUCGGUGGUGUGGAUGCAGGGCACUGUGGUGGAGGUCCAGUCUGACCACAGCUCGGUUCUGCUGCUGGACGAGACGGGCAACUUUCUGGUGAAUGGAAUUAAUAACAUCCCCAAAGGAAAACCCUGCCUCUGCCCCGGUAAAUACGUGAUGAUCAUGGGCGUCAUCCAGUCUCACAGUCCGGAGCCGGUGCUGCGUGCAGUAAAGAUGGCAGAUCUUUCGGACAACGCAGCGACUCACAGGAAAACGUGGAAAUACGAAGUUGAAGACCUCCAACAAACUUUGCCUUAAUUAACUUUUAUAUCACUUUAAUUGUUUAUUUAUUUGUGCUAUAUUAUAUUGUUGAGUAUAAAAAAUAAAAACUUGCAAUGAUUUUUGAUUGAAUGCACAUUGUUGCAUAACAUUAUGACCACCUCCUUGUUCCUACAGUUACUUAACAUCUUUUUGCCAACUUCACUGAUCAUAUAGAGGACACUUUGUAGUUAUGAAAUAAUUACAGACUGUACAGUCCUGUAUUAUCUGUUUCUCUGUAUACUUUAUUAUUAUCCUCCUUCACCCUGUUCUUCAAUAAUCAGAACCCCACAGGGGAGAAAACCACCACAGAACACUGAUUAGCAUGGUGGUGGUGUAUGAGGUGUUAGUGUGUGUUGUGCUGGUGGUACAGUGAGUGGAUCAGAUACAGCAGCAGUGCUGCUGGAGUUUUUAAACACUGUGUUUUUAAAUCUCUCACUGUCCUCCACUCUCCUAUUAAACACGCCUACCUACAGCUGAAACAGCUUAUAGAUAAAGUAAAGUCAGAGAUAGGAGCUCUGAAGAAUCCAUUGCUGCAUAGUUUACAGUGGUGCUCAUCCUCUAGUCCUUCAUCAUUGCUCAAAGGACUAUUAUCAGUGCAGCAGUGACACUGAGGUGUUUAAAAACUCCAGCAGCACUGCUGCUGUAUCUGAUCCACUCACUGUACCACCAGCACAACACACACCAACACCUCAUACACCACCACCAUGCUAAUCAGUGCUAAUCACUGCAGUGCUGAGAAUAAUAAUGACUCACUACCCAAAUAAUAAUAAUAAUAAUAAUUAAUAAUAGCUGCUCUGUGGUGUUUUCUCUCCUGUAGGGUUCUGAUAGUUUAAGAACAGGGUUAAAGGAGGAUAAUAAUGUAUAAAGUAUACAGAGAAACAUAUACAGAACUACAGUCUGUUAUUAUAAAACUAAAGUGUCCUCUUUGAUGGAUUGUGGGUGUAGAGACAAGGGGACAUGUUAUGCUUGAUCUGUGUAUUUGUGCUACAAUAAAGUGUUCAGUAAAGAAAAUAGAAACAGCACAGUGACCCUUAAAGCAGAUUAUUACUUUAAUUAUCCGCAGAAGUGCACAGAGAUUACAAAUGCAGUGGACAGAACCCUGUGUAGAUAAACAUAACUUUUUAUAACAUGUGAUUACUGAAUGGCACAGUGAUAAAACAGCAUUAAACAAACUUUCUUAUAGAAGAGAAACUCACCCUUUACUUCUAAAAUCACAGAGCAACAGAAUAAGGCACUUUCAGAGGUACACAGCAGUUUCUGCUAUAGCAGAUCUGAUUCUGUUUGCCAAAAACAAUUAAAUCUGCAUUAAUUAUCAAUAUAAAGAAGUAUUGCCCCUUUUAGGCAGUUUGAUUCAUUGCAAUGUCAGUCAUACAACACAGUAAAAAUCAACUGGAACAGGCUUCUGUAUUUCAGUAAUUCAUUCAUUUGCUACAAUAUUUUCCAGAGGUGGACAAAGUGCAGUACAAUCUACAAAAAAACUAAAGAAAA